UCUUCAUAUCAGUUUCCUUCAUCGAAACAGAACCAGCAACAGUAUGACAAGGUAUGUUGUUCAUGUGCUAAUAAUUUUCUCUCAGGACUUUGGAAAACUCUGAAAAUUCCCUCUCUUUGUUUGCCUAUUCCUUUAUAAUUUCAUUGAGUGACGUUAAUAAAAAUAACAAUUAUUUACCCUAUUUAUUCGAAAAAGCGCCGCAAUUGGGAGAAAGAAGCGGCGGCGCUUAUGGGAGUAAAUACGUUAUUUCUUCUCGAGCGCUAUUUACAAGUGUAGAUCAAUUUUCAUAUUUUGUAGUCGGGAAAAUUUCGUCCAUUUCAGUAUCUCAAUAUCUUGGACCUCUUUUAGACUUGAUCAACGUUAAAACAGGCAGAUGCCUGUGAAAGAAACAUCUGACAUCAAUAUUUUUGAGACUUUUUAUUUUUUCCUAAAUGAUAUUCCAAAUAGAAAUAUACCUAGUAUGUUUUUCCUACUCCCAGUUACAAUGUAACUCUUCCAUCCAAAGAUCAUUUUGCAUUGGAGAAACAUUUUUCGGGAGGGGAAGAAGGGUCAUUCUUGUUAGAGAACUCGGUAACUGCAGUUACUGAAUUCUGCCGAUUAGGAUCCUUUUUAAUUAAAAUAUCAUAGAGACUUGGAAAAACUUUGUGCAUUUUUUAAUGUUGGUGAAUAAUUUUGCUUUUUCAGUUCUCCAAGCUAUAUGAACUUUCUGAUGAACCAGAAAGGAAGGAAUUCCUUGAUAAGUAUCAGGAAUUCAUGAAUAGUCAAGGUAACUUGGAAAGAGAUCUUUAGAAAGCGUGCAGGAAAAUGUAUAGUUGAUGUCCUGGUUUGUCCGUCUUUACAGGAACAUCCUAGGAGGCCCAGGGGCGGUCAGUCGGGUCGGGAUAAAGGGCGGCGAAAGUUUUGAAGAACGGGAAAGAGAGCCCCUGGGGUGCUGCUAUUAAAGAACCAGUUCCACGACUCAAUCGAGUGCUUGUCUCUGAUUGGGCUCAAAAAUUGGAAGUCAGCAUCUAUCGCGCUGCUUUCGUGAUCUUCUUAUAGGAAGGAGUUAACUUGCAAACUCGACUUUUCGCCGUACCUGUCUGGCUCGUGCAGGAGAGCUUUCAAAACUGGACAGAGACAAAACGAUUUCCUCGUAAUAUAACUCUACGUACCGAUUCAGGUCAUUAAAAGUUAAAACAUUUGCGCGCGAAAUCUCUGCCUACUCGGCACACUUGUCAGUCACGUGCAGGAGAAAAUUCUUCGCCCUAGUUUGUAGGUUUGUACUUAAAUAUUUCUCUUCAGUGACACAAGAGGAUCGAACGAAACUGGUAGACUAAACUUGCGGAGUUGCAUGCACAAACCUAGAAGUACACUGGUGUUUAAGAAUACCUUCGAUCAGUCCACAGUCUGAUUUCUUCGGGUUUGUGCAUUUUUGAUUUAAUUAGAUUGUCAUUUAUUAUGCAUGCAACAAUUUCCUUCUUUUUCUCACCAGUAGUUAACAUGAAUAGAGUCGGAACAUUUAUGCAUAAUAAAUGUUUCGGGUUAUACGGAAAUCUUACCUUUCGUUUUGUUUUGCUAACAUGCUAAAUUAUGGGAUAUCUUUGAUUUUGUGGCCCCCAUUUUCUUUGAAAACUCUUCUGUACAACCCAGACAUGUACGGCGAUCUUCGACGAACAGUCAACUUUGCAGGUAAACUCCUUCGUAUAAGAAGUUCACGACAGUGGCGCGAUAGAUGCUUGUCUUUGAUUUGGCACAAAAAAUCAAGCAGAGUCAAGCAUUCGAAUGAGUCGUGGAACUGGUUUUUUAAGAGUAGCAUCCCAGGGGCUCUCUCAACCGUCCUUGAAAACGUUCGCCCCCGUUUUUCCCAGCCCAACUGACUUCCUUUGGGUCUCCGAAGAUAUAACAGGAAUAGUCAGCAUAGGAAAGAAGGCGUUUUUUUUUACUGUGGGCUGCCCAGUAACUUAAACAUUUCAUCCACAGAUCUACAGUGAUAUCUGGCCAUUCAGCCAAGUGUUUGAAGUGUUUUCUACAAAUUUUUGACAACUCUAAUGGAAUUUUUUAUGAUGCAGUAUCAAUCAAAGAGUCCCGCGAUGUGAUUUUCACGUUACUCUUCUUUUUGAAAGAUUUUCAAUUUAGCUCUUGGAGCUGUACGACCCCGACUUCAAACAUCUCGGAUUUGGAUUGGUUCUGCAUUAUGUGAAAUCCAAGUUUUUUAGAGCACUUGUUAAAUAGUCGUCGAAAAUCUCGGUCAUCACUGUGAAUGUUAGUACUUUCUUCUGCGGUAUGACAAGAAAAGUUGAUUGUUUUGGUUUUGUGUUGUGUUCAGUGAAAAUCUCGAUUGCAUGGGAAAUAUUUUUCAACUAUUUUCUGUUUUUAUAGGCACGCAGAUUAGCCAAGUUCCUGUGGUGGCAAGGCAACCUCUUGAUCUCUUCAAGUUUUUUGCUGUAGUCCGAGAUAGAGGCGGUUUACAAGAAGUGAGUUUAUUUAAUAAAAACUCACCCCGCUGCGGCUAGCUACCUGUUUCACGCCCUUUCAACCAGCUGCAUGUUUUCACGAAGUUUUUCCGCGUUUCCUUUCCCGCGCUUGCGACUAGUAACAAGUUGUCCGCGUUAGGUACAGGCAAAAUGUUUUCCCGCGCUUGGGACAACUUGGACUGCCAGACUGGUUACAUAUUUUCCCUCCUUGCGGACUGGUUACAUGGGGUGCUUACCAUUUACACAAACUACUUGGGUGGAAAUCUUGUACAUAAACAUAAAACCAUAAAAUUUGACGUGUUGGGAGAGGAACCCGUAACAAAGUUUGUCCAAAUCAGCUGUACAAACUAAAAAAAGGAGAGAAAUUGAAUCGCUUCAAAUCACAACCCGUAUUUUCUGAAGCUUCCUAUUCGGAAUAGUCUUCAACGCAUAUGUUCUUAGUGGUUCGUCACGCGUUCCUGACUUCGUUCCUUGUGGGGUAGGAACGCGUAACGAACCCCUAGAAGAGUCUGCGUGGGACGCUACAAACCGAAUGGCACUAAUCAUUCAAUUUUUCAACCGGAAUUUCCGGUUUUUGCAUGUAAAUAGUGAGUACCCAUGUUUUCCCGCGCGACGCUGGGACUGGUUACAAGUUUUCCCGCUUGGGACUUGUGAGUGGUGACGUGAUUUCCCUCGCUGCGGGCUGGUAACUUGUUUUCCCGUACUCACUUGCAACCGUUGUUCUUCUUAGGUCGUGAGAAGAAAGCUAUGGCAGGAUGUCUUAGAGGCCUUAAACCUCCCUAUGGAUAAUCCCAGUAUAGUGAAUAACCUUCGCAACCAGUAUUCACGAUACCUGCUCUCUUUUGAAAUGAAACAUACCAAGCAAAACUCCAUUGAUGACAUAAAGAUUAACCUUUUGGAAAAUUCAGGCAUUCCUCCUCCAAAUGCUACUGUUACAUGUUCGGAGGCAAUUAUACCCACAAACAGUCUUACACAAAGCNGUGAGAAGAAAGCUAUGGCAGGAUGUCUUAGAGGCCUUAAACCUCCCUAUGGAUAAUCCCAGUAUAGUGAAUAACCUUCGCAACCAGUAUUCACGAUACCUGCUCUCUUUUGAAAUGAAACAUACCAAGCAAAACUCCAUUGAUGACAUAAAGAUUAGCCUUUUGGAAAAUUCAGGCAUUCCGCCUCCAAAUGCUACUGUUACAUGUUCGGAGGCAAUUAUACCCACAAACAGUCUUACACAAAGCCAGCGGGAAACUUCCUCCAUUCACGGAUCCUACAACUCAAUGACAAACGAAUCUCCUGUCGGUCUGCCUCCCAGCUACAACGCUAGGGAUAGCUAUGCGGAAUCUAGCUACGAAAAUAGCAGUAAAAGUUUUCCUGACCUUAGAGACAGUUCUCUUAAUUUUCAAAUGAAACAACCGACUCCUCCCAAUUCAUUUGGAGUACCUCCGUAUCCGUACUCUGGGGAUAGG